GCCUCUGAGCACCGACACACAUUGGGAGGUUACUGUUGCCAGCAUCAGCCCUUUACGACCCCUUGUCAGCAUUCUUUCCGUCCACUGGCCUCUGUCCAACCGCGCCGAAAUAACAUUGGAGGUCAAUUGGCGUCGUAGAGGUUCCUCUCGGCCUUCCACUGUACUGCCCUGUGGCCUGGCCGACACGCUAGCACAGCUUCAUAGUCCUUUCGCGAUUGUACCGAUCAGUCCCAGACUGGUCGAAUAUAAAGUGCCAAUCUGGCACUCUACUACCCCUCCCCGACGCCCUCCCCGGGGACGCAUCGUCCCAGCCUCACCUCGGAACCUGUUCGUGAUUGUGGUUCAGGCUUGCGUGGCAUGGACGACCCGAACCAACCGAGGAGGCACAACGAUCCGCAUGGUCAGCAUACGGCAAACUCCAGGUUCACCUCACAGCCGAACAGAUCCAUACCUGCAACCACAGCCGACCGGUAUCGCUCUGCACCCCUCAACACAUCGCCUCAAACACCUCGCAGUAUCGGAAGCGCUGGGAACUACAGCAGCUACUAUCCUGAGCCAACGUCUGCCUUCUCAUCCACGCACCUCAACUCGGCAGGUCUAGCUGGAUAUGGAUCCGACUACAGCCACGAUGGUCGCCAGCAACAAACACAGCAAGGCUUUGGCGGGUACCCUGGGGCAGCCAUGAUGUACAACGUAGCACAACCAAACGCGCAAACACCAGUGUACGACACGCAACAGUUUGGCGCGCGGCAGCCUGCAGGCCUUCAAAUGAUGACGCCCGAUGUCGCGUCAACAUAUUUCGGUGGCUCGGCCACAGAAAACCCAUCUUCGCACUCUGCGAGCUUGCAGCAGCCGGGCCAGAAUUCGGGAUCGUCCACUGCCCUCUACCAGUCCGGACAGGCACUCAAGUACGCAAACGACAUGUCCAGCGUCAACGCACCGGCGCAGCAUCAGCAACAGCCAGCGCAGGACGUUGCGGAUGCUUCCAUGGGCGAGCAGCAAGAGUUCUCAGAGGGCGCUCUGCAGGAGAAAUGGCACAACUACCAACGACAAUUGGCGACCGUGUUUCAAGACAUUUCGAGCGGUUCCCUCGAGACCGCAGCUGAGACACUCCUGUCUAUUUCGAAUUGGUUGUUAUCGCAAGUUGCAGAACUGGGUCUCACAACGGAUGACGCCAACUUACAUUCCGACCGCAUCAAACUAUGGGACGACUUCAAUCACGCCUGGCUGGCACUGGGGCAGAAACAAUUCGACCUCAUGCAGGACACCCAGCAACUGUCGCGUCCGGCGCGCAUACUGUCCUAUGAUGCCAUUGAGAACCUAGGCGACGAAAUAGUGCGCCUUUGCAAUGACUUGGAACGUCACGGUCUGGUAGACUACCAGUAUGGCGUGUGGGAAGAGCAGAUCACAGAAAGUAAGAGACAGCGAUGCGCGGAAAAUUUCGAGAUACGACGGCUAAUGCGCGAACAGUCAUGAUGGCAUGCCUAGACCUUUACGACAACCGAACACGAGAGUCCGGCGCAUGAUGACGGGACACUGUCGGCUGUUGAUUGUAACACUAUUGCUACUAGUAGAACUACCGGACUCUGUGCUUCGACGAUGUUAUGAUACCUUGGGCAACGGAAACAGCACGGGGCUGCUAUAGAGAAUACCAGUCAAUCUGGACGGCGUAUGAAGGGCUGGACGACCAUGUGGGAUUAUGUUCAUGGAAUGCAUUAAUGGCUGGGCUGGUACGGCGUUGAAUAGAUAUGGGACCCUUUGUGGUUUGGAGAUUCAUUCACCUCGUUGGUUUUUGGACACGUAUUUUCCCAAUGGCUCUUGCGUGUCGAGACAAAGAAUCUGUGGCGUAAUUAUGGACAAUGAAGCACUCGCUCCCAU